GCAUUUAGCAAUUUCUAUGCGCAUUCAAGCAAAUUUAGAAAUCGAGAUUGACGGAGGGAGGGCGAUCAAUACUAAAGGCCUUUUCGUCUGUAUUGUGAAUCGGGGCUUGGUUCGAGUGCUAAGCAAUCGUGAAGCAGGCUGCAAAUGGCUUUGGCGUGUGCAAGCGUCAUAAUGUGUGCGCUCCCGGAAUGGCGCACGCAUAAGCUGUGCGGCUGUGCAUAGACACACUGCUUUUGUCCUUUCUUUGCUUAUUGUCUCCAUCCGUCCAUCCAUCCUUCCAUCUCUCCCUCCAUUCCUGCGUCCCUCUCCUUCUCUCCUCCCCUUGGGGCUGCUGGUGGAGGAACCCAGCACCCCCCGCCGCCGCCUCCACCUCCUCCUCCUCCGUACACUCACUCCAAUGAGAGAGCGGGAGGACGGACGCUCGAGCAGGACAUCCAAGCGGUCCAAGAGGACGGAGGUUCGACUUUAUCGGGACACGGUGAGAGACUCUGUCCAUGGGAGGCUGUAAGACGGCGGGGAAGAAGAGGCCGUCCCACGCCUGUCUUUGACGCCGUGUCCGUGGAUGGCGAGGCAGGUGUUGCAAGCAGGGAGGAGGAGGAUGCUGUUCGCUGCCGUUCGCUGCCGUUCGCUGCUCUCAUCGUCUCCACUAGGACGGCAUGGACAUGUUAAAGCAAACAUGGAAUUCUCCUCUUCUUUUUUUUUUUGCACGACGUCUCGUCAUUUGAAACCAAUGACAUUUUCCCCCCUCACUCGCGUUUGAGGCUUGUCAGAUCGUCCACUUGAAGGUAAAAUUAGCAGUGCUACACUGCCACGUUAUGGCAAUUGCGGAUGUUUUCCAAAUAAUUAAAUAAUGGUAGCAUUUUAUGUCCACUGUCUUUUAAGUCGACACGGUGGUUUCAGGGAGGAACAAUUGCACCAUCUGACCACAAAACGUUCCAGCUGUUUUUUCACAUCAGAUGCCGUGAAUGUGAUUUAUUAGGCCCCUUGUCGUUUUUUGAGGCGUCGCUACUAUCAAGACAUGUUGUCAUGACAGUGAAGAACUAAAUUCGAUGGCGCCCGUGGAGCCAACUGAUGCAGCAGGCAUGACCGGCCACGGUUCGUGUUGAAUAAGUACCCACCAUCCGGCGGCGGGGCUUCGUCCUCGGGGUUCGGACGGAUCCGACGAGACCGUAGGACUUGAGACGCCCUUCGGCGCGAGCCAAAAGCCCAAACGUUUGAUUCCCCCGGCAGAGACGGACAGGGAAGGUGGUCUCUACGUGCAGGGCCCCCCCCACCCCAGGCCGCUUGGACCAGAAGCUGCAGGACCGUUUGAACAUAUGAGAUGUUCUGAUCCGGAUGGGAUGUAAUGUGUGGCUGUGCAGCUGAGCACCGGUCUCCUUCUCCGCUGCUUCGUCAAGAUUGGCUUCUGGUUUCCAGAGAAUGGCGCGCUUCGGAGACGAGGUACCAGCCAGGUACGGCGGAGGGCCCGGUGGAGGGGGGCCCGGUGGUCGCGGCGGAGGCCGACAAGGAGGACCGCACGGACACGCUCACGGCCACGGCCACGGCCAUGGGCACGGGCUGGCCCACGGUCCACCCCCGGGGCCGGGAGCCCAGAGAGUGUACAAGCAAUCCAUGGCUCAGAGAGCCCGGACUAUGGCCUUGUACAACCCCAUCCCGGUGCGCCAGAACUGCUUCACGGUCAACCGCUCCUUGUUUAUUUUCAGCGAAGACAACUUUGUGAGAAAAUACGCCAAAAAGAUCACCGAAUGGCCUCCAUUUGAGUGGAUGAUUCUCGCCACCAUCAUUGCCAACUGCAUCGUCCUGGCGCUGGAACAACACUUGCCUGACGGUGACAAGACGCCGCUGUCUGAACGUCUGGAUGCUACGGAGAUGUAUUUCAUUGGGAUCUUCUGUUUUGAAUCUGGUAUCAAAAUCUUGGCCCUUGGGUUUGCCUUCCACAAGAACUCGUACCUGAGGAACGGAUGGAACGUCAUGGAUUUUGUGGUGGUGCUCACAGGGAUUCUAUCCACUGUGGGCUCCGAUUUUGACUUGCGGACCCUCAGAGCUGUCCGAGUCUUGAGGCCCCUCAAGCUGGUCUCGGGUAUUCCUAGCUUACAGGUGGUGCUGAAAUCCAUCAUGAAGGCCAUGAUUCCUCUGCUCCAAAUUGGCCUCCUGCUUUUCUUCGCCAUCCUCAUGUUCGCCAUCAUCGGCUUGGAGUUUUACAUGGGCAAAUUCCACACCACCUGCUUUGACAAUCACACAGGGGAGAUCCGAGAAGAGUUCCCAUGCGGGACGGAACCUCCGUCGCGAUUGUGUCCGGAGGGUACCACGUGUCGAAAGUACUGGCUCGGUCCAAAUUACGGCAUCACCCAGUUUGACAACAUCCUUUUCGCCAUCCUCACCGUCUUCCAGUGUAUCACCAUGGAGGGCUGGACGGAACUGCUCUACUAUAGCAACGAUGCCUCAGGGAGCGCAUGGAACUGGAUGUAUUUCAUCCCCCUUAUUAUCAUCGGCUCCUUCUUCAUGCUCAACCUGGUGCUGGGUGUGUUGUCAGGGGAGUUUGCCAAAGAGAGGGAGCGGGUGGAAAACAGAAGCGAGUUCCUAAAGCUGAGAAGGCAGCAGCAGAUUGAAAGGGAACUCAAUGGUUACUUGGAAUGGAUCUGCAAAGCUGAAGAGGUUCUCUUGGCAGAUGAUGAAAAUGAAAAUGAUUAUGAUGGCUCCCGCAGGAGAGCCACCAAGAACCACAAGAGCAAAGCUGAGCUUCUAAACCCAGAGGAGGGGGAGGGAGAUCUGGCAGUUGCUUCGCCGUUUGCCCGCGCUAGCUUAAAAAGCUCCAAGCUUGAAGUGUCAACUUUCAAGAGGAGAGAAAGGCGCUUGCGCUUUUUCAUCAGGCACAUUGUGAAGUCGCAGGCCUUCUACUGGACUGUUCUGUGUUUGGUGGGCCUCAACACGCUGUGUGUGGCUGCCGUGCACUACGACCAGCCGGAACCACUCUCCGAUUUUUUAAAUUAUGCCGAAUUUAUCUUCCUGGGAAUAUUCUUGACGGAGAUGUUUGUCAAGAUGUACGGUCUGGGAAAGCAGGCUUACCUCAACUCUUCUUUCAACUGCUUCGACUGCAUCGUGAUCUGCGGCAGCAUAUUUGAAGUGCUGUGGUCUUUUAUCCAACCGGGCACAUCAUUCGGCAUCAGUGUUUUACGAGCUCUCAGGUUAUUGAGGAUCUUCAAGGUCACCAAGUAUUGGGCAUCUUUACGGAACCUUGUCGUGUCUUUGCUCAACUCCAUGAAGUCCAUUAUCAGCUUGCUCUUCCUCCUCUUCCUCUUCAUAGUUGUCUUUGCCCUACUGGGAAUGCAGCUCUUCGGAGGACAGUUUAAUUUUGAAAAUGGAACUCCUUCAACUAACUUUGAUACCUUCCCGGCAGCAAUAAUGACAGUGUUUCAAAUUCUGACUGGUGAAGACUGGAACAUGGUGAUGUACGCUGGCAUUAAGUCUCAGGGCGGCGUCAACAAGGGGAUGGCCUUCUCCGUCUUCUUCAUCGUGCUUACACUUUUUGGCAACUAUACUCUGCUGAAUGUUUUCUUGGCUAUCGCUGUGGACAAUUUGGCUAACGCACAGGAGCUAACCAAGGAUGAGCAAGAGGAGGAGGAGGCUGCCAGUCAGAAGAUCGCAUUGCAGAAAGCCAAGGAGGUAGCGGAAGUCAGCCCCCUUUCAGCUGCCAACCUCUCCAUAGCAGCCAACAAAGUACACAGUGAUUAUCACAACGCUACUGACUCCUUACUGGACUGUAAGGAGCAGCAGAAGAACCACAAUAAGGGAAUCAAUAAGUCCGUGUGGGAGCAGCGCACCAAGGAGCUGAGGAAACAGACUCUGGCGUCCAGCCGAGAAGCCCUCUACAAUGAGCUGGACCCCGAAGACCGCUGGAAGGCAAGGGCAGGGAGGGAGGAACAAAACAAUGUCAACUACUCACGCCACGUCCGACCAGAUAUGAAAACUCACCUGGAUCGACCUUUGGUGGUUGACCCCCUGGAGAACCGCAACAACAACACCAACAAGAACACCGACAACAAUCCGGACCUCUGCUUCAGCCAGAAGCAUCCCGCCGACGACCGCCACGGAGCUCAAGGAGUCAAAGCUCCUCUAGAGCGAGGCGAGUCCACCGAGAGUAGGCGGAGCCGGAAAAGUACGCACCACCAUCGUGGCUCCCUUGCGCGCUUGGAUACGACUGUCAUCGCCGGGCCGGGGUCGGAAGAGAGGCCCGCUAGGCGCCAUCAUCAUAAUCGCAGCGGAAGUCGGGGGACGGGCCAGUCGGAACACAGGAAACCCAGAUUGCGUCGCAAGAACGAUGACGACGACGGUCGAGAAGGAAGCGGGAAAGCCGGAAGACGCAAGAGCAAGGGCGUCGACGAAGGCGGGGAGGGAGGAGAGAAGGUAGCGGCCGGUGACGGAAGCGAGAAGAGGCCCAGAAGGAAUCGCCAUAGCAACCAGAUGGAAGGAGAAGGGAAGAAGACGUGCCAGCGUCGACGGAAGGAUGGGAGUGUUCUGAACCUCUCCACCACAAGGCCCAUCCAGAAGAGGCUGUCCAGGCAGGACAGUGAAGAUAUGGACAACCUCAUGAACACCAAACUGGUUUCUGGCUCCGCCCCUUCCAACGAGCAGCCCACAAAUCCCGGCUUCGCAUCCGCCCUGCAACUCGCCCAAAGCGCCACAAGAGGGAGCUUAGUCCGAUUGGACGGCUACGGGAACGUGGCGCAUCGGCGCGCCAACAACGCGCCCCACCUGGACCACACAGUGGUGGACAUGCCGGUUUUUCCAUCCGCCAACGCCAUCCUGCAGGUCAAUAAAAAUGCAAACACCGAGCCGUUACCAGCCAAGGAGGACAAGGACGAUGACGACGACGCAAAGGGAGGUGACGGGGGACCCAGGCCCAUGCCCCCCUUCACCUCCAUGUUCGUACUGAGCACCACCAACCCGUUUCGCCGGGCCUGUCACUACAUCUGCACGCUGCGCUACUUUGAGAUGUGUAUUCUGCUGGUCAUCGCCAUGAGCAGCAUCGCCCUUGCCGCCGAAGACCCCGUCUGGCCCGAUUCCACUCGCAACAAUGUCCUGCGCUAUUUCGACUACGUCUUCACGGGGGUCUUCACCUUUGAGAUGCUAAUUAAGAUGGUGGACCUGGGCUUGGUCUUACACCAGGGCUCUUAUUUCCGUGACUUGUGGAACAUCCUGGACUUUAUUGUGGUUAGUGGCGCGCUGGUGGCCUUCGCCUUCACCAGCGGCGGAGGGGGGAGCAGCAAAGGGAAAGAUAUCAGCACCAUCAAGUCUCUGAGGGUGCUGAGAGUGCUGCGGCCACUCAAGACCAUAAAGCGCCUUCCCAAACUCAAGGCUGUUUUUGACUGCGUGGUGAACUCUCUGAAGAACGUCCUCAACAUUCUGAUCGUCUACCUUCUCUUCAUGUUCAUCUUUGCCGUGGUGGCCGUGCAGCUUUUCAAGGGCCGUUUCUUUCACUGCAGUGAUGAAUCCAAAGAAUUUGAGCGGGAUUGCAGAGGCGAGUUUUUGGUGUACGGGCGCGAUAACGAAGUGAAGGCGCAGAAGCGGGAGUGGAAGAAAUACGAUUUCCACUACGACAACGUGGCUUGGGCCCUGCUCACGCUCUUCACCGUCUCAACCGGAGAGGGCUGGCCCGAGGUGCUGAAACAUUCCGUGGACGCCACUUACGAGAAUCAGGGCCCCAGCCCGGGAUACCGGAUGGAGAUGUCCAUCUUUUACGUGGUGUAUUUUGUGGUCUUCCCUUUUUUCUUUGUCAAUAUCUUCGUGGCUCUCAUCAUCAUCACCUUCCAGGAGCAGGGUGACAAAAUGAUGGAGGACUAUAGUUUAGAAAAGAAUGAGAGAGCUUGUAUCGAUUUUGCCAUCAACGCCAAGCCUUUGACUCGCCACAUGCCCAAGAACAAGCUCAGCUUUCAGUACCGCAUGUGGGAGUUUGUGGUGUCGCCGCCGUUUGAGUACACCAUCAUGGCAAUGAUUGCGCUCAACACCAUUGUCCUAAUGAUGAAGUAUGAUGGAGCUUCAGAUACCUACGAAGCUGUGUUGGCCAACCUCAACAUUGUGUUUACCUCACUGUUUUCCAUGGAAUGUGUACUCAAGAUUAUUGCCUUUGGAGCACUGAAUUAUUUUAAAGACGCCUGGAACAUUUUUGACUGUGUGACUGUUCUAGGCAGCAUCACUGACAUUCUGGUUACGGAACUCGGGAUGAAUAACUUCAUCAACCUGAGUUUCCUGAGGCUGUUCAGGGCAGCUCGCCUCAUCAAGCUGCUGAGGCAAGGAGAAACCAUUCGGAUCUUGCUCUGGACCUUCGUUCAGUCCUUCAAGGCUCUGCCUUACGUUUGCCUCCUUAUUGCCAUGCUCUUCUUCAUCUACGCCAUCAUUGGGAUGCAGCUCUUUGGGAAUAUCGCCAUCGAAGAAGACGGAGAAGGUGCCAUCGACCAACAUAACAACUUCAGAACCUUCGUUCAGGCUCUCAUGCUGCUCUUCAGGAGCGCCACUGGGGAGGCGUGGCAUGAGAUCAUGCUAGCAUGUUUAGGGGGCAAGGAAUGCGACGAGCUAUCUGGGAACCCGGAGCCCGAGUGUGGCAGCCAAGUGGCUUACCUUUACUUUGUCUCGUUCAUCUUCUUCUGUUCAUUUUUGAUGCUGAAUCUGUUUGUGGCCGUCAUCAUGGACAACUUUGAGUACUUGACGAGAGAUUCUUCCAUACUUGGACCUCACCACUUGGAUGAGUAUGUCAGGAUAUGGGCCGAGUAUGAUCCUGCCGCCUGUGGCAGGAUCAGUUGCAGGCAAAUGUAUGACAUGCUGAGGCACAUGUGUCCUCCACUAGGCCUCGGGAAGAGGUGUCCUGCACGGGUGGCCUACAAGAGACUGCUCCGCAUGGAUCUGCCCGUGGCUGACGACAACACGGUCCACUUUAAUUCCACCCUCAUGGCUUUGAUCCGCACGGCGCUGGACAUCAAGAUCGCCAAGAUUUCUGAAGGUGGUAUUGACAAGCACCAGAUGGAUGCAGAGCUGAGGAAAGAGAUGAUGGCAAUCUGGCCCAAUCUCUCCCAGAAGCAUCUGGACUUGCUGGUUACUCCCCAUAAGUCAGCGACAGACCUGACAGUUGGCAAAAUCUACGCUGCCAUGAUGAUCAUGGAGUACUACCGGCAGAGCAAGACCAAGCGCUCGCAGGCACUCCGGGACGAGCAGAAUCGAACGCCAUUACUGUUUCAGCGCGUGGAACCGCCUUCCCCCAGCCAGGACGGGGCUCCGGCCCUCAACAACGCCCUCCCGCCACCUGAGACAACCGACACAAUGAGCAGCCUCCCGGUGGAAAGAGGGGUGCCGGAGAGCCACUCGUGGGUCACGGCUCGUGCUCAGGAGAUGUCCCAAAAGGUCGGAAGCUGGAGUCCUGAAGAUGGCCUGGGAAGCAUGACCACCUCCCAGACGGUAGAGAUGAGAGAGAUGGGGCAGGAUGGUUACUCGGAUACUGAGCACUUUCCACCAAUGGAAGGCCACGGCAGGGCCGCUUCCAUGCCCCGCCUACCAGGCGACAACCAAAAGCGGAGGAAGGGGAAGCAGCGUGGCAGUCACCUCAGUACCAUCAGCGACAACAGCCCCAUGAAGCGCUCGGCCUCCUCGCUAGGUCACAGCAGGUCGGGACGUGGCAGCAGAGACAAGGGAGGCCCGGAUGCCUACAACGCCGAGCGCGUCAUACCCGAGGAAGGUCGGCCUUCCAGGCACGGGCACAGGAGAAAAGAACGCGGUCAUCGGGCCUCCGAGAGGUCGCUGAGUCGCUACGCGGAGGCUGACGCAGACACCCAGUCAGGUGACCUGAUGUCCAGGGAUCGGGAUCGGGACAGAGAUCGUGGCCGCUCCAAAGACCGCAAGCACCAUCACCAUCAUCACCACCAUCACGGUUCCGUGGACAAAGAACGUUACGUGGCAGAGCGAGGCGGCGAUUACGGCCGCAAGCAUUCUCGUGACAGAGAGCCCGACAGGGAACGAGAACGGGACCCGCGAUGGUCGCGAUCCCCCAGCGAGGGUCGCGACUGCAUCACACACAGACAGGGCAGUAGUUCGGUCAGUGGAAGUCCUGUUCCAUCAACCUCGGGGACUAGCACGCCGCGCCGAGGCCGCCGUCAGUUGCCUCAGACACCGGCGACGCCCCGCCCCCACGUUACGUACUCCCCCGUCGUCCGUAAGGCCGUGCCCUCGCAACCGGCGGGGCGGGCUCCGGCCCCCGCGCCCCGCCGAUUAUCUCCGGAAGCCCCCCAAAGUCAGGUCCCUAUGGGUGGCGUUCCGCCGGCCCACCACGGCGUGCCCCGCCAGGGUCAUCACCCGCCGCUCCGUUGGGCGGACGCAGACGGAGGCUCCAUAGAAGGGGACGGCUGCUUUUACAACCAAAACUACGUGCCCCACCACGAAGCGCCCGCUCACGAGCCGGGCGUCAACCCCCACCCGCACCCUUUGGCCGGCCACCCACUGCCACCUCCUCCCCAAGGGCAGCCACGCAACCUGCACCCCCUCCCUCCUCCCAACCCCCACCCCCUCCCCUUGCCGCCACACCCGCAGCCAAACCGUACCUCAGCGAGGACCGUCCACCACGUGCCCCCUUCUGCCAACGCCGCCACACCACAUCAGGGCCAAGUGCAGCCGGGCGUCCAGCGCCGCCUGCCCAACGGUUACCGCUCUUCGUCACCUUCCACACAUCUCCACGGACCCCAACAUAGCGGGCCUCACAAGGUCCCGCCCCCAGGGGGACACCCUAGAGGACCCCGCAAGGGUCUGCAUGAACCCUACUGCGAGAAGGAGCAGGACGACUGGUGCUAGCCCUCGGGGAUGGGGGGGACUGACGUGGAACGUCCCGACGACGCCGGGGCGGACCGGGAACGAAUCAAAUGAGAAUGCUCCGACACGAUUGGCGAUGGAGGGCAAAAAAAUAAAUAAAAAUACCGAAAGAGGUACCAAACGUGCAUUGAUGGCACGGACGCGAGUAGGUCAAGAGCUACAGCCACUUACAAGAUGUCAAGAGUUGC